AUGUGGUCGUCUUUGACUUUAGUGCAGACUGUACAUGCCGCUGUACGUUUAUCACUCCUUCCAGCGCCAUCUGACAGGUUUUGGUGUAUUUGGGCAUGGUGCCGUGACAAUGCCCUGACAAGUGUUUGGGGAAGAAACGAAGUCACUACCUUUGCAGCUGCAGUGGCGUUGCAGAGAUGGGACUGUGCUAAGAUGCUUGCAAAGCGUGCUAGUCGCAUCUGGCCUGAUUGCUCCUUGGACUUCAGCAUGUGGAUCGGGAACCUGGCCGCGCUGUUAGGUUUGCGGGGAGGUCCUGCAAGACUUUGGCAGCUUGGCACGGAGUUGUUUACUGAGGCUUGCGCUGUUUACUGUGGUGGAGCAGGAGGUUGCUUCAUUGCGACAUCAGAGGCCCGUCAGAUGCUGACAUUCGCUCUGGUGAGAAGGAACUUCUGGCCAGGCCACUUUGCGCUUGGCCCCGGACUCUCCGAGCUUCUUGACGUUUUUCAGGCUGAUGGGUCAAAGAAACGAAGAAGCAAGUCAAGGCUGCAAGAAGAAGUGGUACAAACCUUGCUGAUUGUUCUCCACACAGACGGGAGUCCUCCAGGAGCUUGGCGAGCCAAUCGACCGCGCAUAGUCCUGGAGGAGCCUUGCUUGGUGUACGACUUGGACAUUUACGUACGCUGA